AAUCCGCCGGCAAUCGUCCAAAACAGCCAGACCUCACCCCGUCGGCUGCUGCGGCGCGCACUCAUAUUCCUUCCGCGCCGCGUCUCCUACCUCUUCUCUCCUCCAUCCUGGCUUUUUUCUUGUUUCCCUUGGAGUAGACUGGCUAGGGCACUAACCAUCACACUACCGCCAGCAUGGUCUCCUCGUGGCCGCGCAAGCUGACCACGCUCCCCCCCUCCAUCCUCCUCCUGCUUGCCACCACCAUCGCCAGUGUGACGGCCGCCGACACCUCCUCUAUCUCCUACACCGGCACCAUCAGCACCCUCUCCACCUACUCUGCCUCCGCCUUCACCGGCUCGCAGUACACCUAUCCCACCCUCUCCUCCGCACUCCCCACCACUCUCAACACAAACAACGCCAGCAGCAUCAUCAUCGUCUCUUCCAACUCCCCCUCCAACGCAACCGCAACCGGCUCCUCCUCCAAAUCCACCACCAAGCCCAGCCGCACCACCCUUCACGGUUCCAGCCAUCGCUCCACCGGCACCGCCACCACCAGCGCCGCUGGUCCCUCCAACACCGUCAAGUGCAAUGGCUGGACCGAGUUCUGCGACCGCUCGUACAGCAACAUCACCUAUGUCUGCGCCCACAACUCCGCCUUUGUAGUCCCCAACAAUGCCGGCAGCAACCAAGCCCUGCCCCUGCGCACCCAGCUCGACGACGGCAUCCGCAUGGUGCAAGGCGAGACGCACUACGUCAACGGCUCCAUCUACAACUGCCACACCACCUGCAAACUCCUCGACGUCGGGCUGUGGGAGGCGGAGCUCGCCACCGUCGUCGACUGGCUCAAAGACAACCCCUACGAAGUCCUCUCCUGGCUCGUCGUCAACUCCGACUUCGUCAACGUCGAAAAGUACGUGCCCGCCAUCGAGGCCUCCGGCAUCCUGCCCUACCUCUACGUCCCCAAGCACGAACCCCAAUACCGCGACGACUGGCCCACGCUCGGCGAAAUGAUCCUCACCGGCAAGCGCGUCGUCAUGUACAUGGACUACAAUGCCAACCAAACCGCCGUCCCCUACAUCCUCGACGAAUUCUCGCACAUGUGGGAGACGCCCUUCAGCCCCACGAACCGCAGUUUCCCCUGCACCCAGCAACGACCCCCGGGGCUCUCGCACGCCGACGCAAAGAACAAACUCAUGUACCUCGCGAACCACAACCUCAACACCCCCAUCGACCUGUCCGCCCUCAUCGGCGAAACAGACGGCCACGCGCAAAUCCUCAUCCCCAACACAGCAGAUAUAAACAUCACCAACGGCGCCUUUGACCAAUUCAGCCAACUCGAAGCCACGCGCUUAAACUGCACCCAAAUGUGGGACCACCCCCCCAACUUCCUACUAGUAGACUACUACAACUACGGCAUCCCGCACCCAGGCUCCGUCUUCGAGGUCGCCGCGCGCGCCAACGGCGUCGCCUACAACUACGACUCGUGCUGCGGCAAGACGUCCGCGUCGCUGGCGUCUGCCAGUAUGCGCGUUUCGCUUGCGGCGGUGCUGGUGGGUGCGCUGGGGUUUAGUAUUUUGUUGGUGCUGUAAUUGUUGUAAUAACUUGGAAUUGGAUGAUCGGAUGCGGAGUUAUAUGUCUUACAUGGGAUAGGCUUGGAUAGAGGGAGUCAAGGGGCGGAUCUGUGAUUGUAUGUUUCUGGAAGCGUUACGUUCGUCUUUUGAAUGACGUGUACGUUGAAAGACGAAGACGCGUUCUGUUCAUAGGACGUUUCUCCAUUGUUCGGCCGUCGUGACA